CCGCAGCGGUACCGUCGUCGUACACUGUCGCGCUACGCGUGCCACACGCUCGUGUCGCCGCACCGUCGUCGCCGUUGACGAGCUGGAGCCCCAGCGAGGCCCGGUCGCCCUGGACCUCGCACCCCUCCGUCGUUGGCCACGCGGCCGGCCCGUAUUCAGUCGCGCCGGCUCCCUCGCGUGGAAGAGAACGCGGAGGGUUGAUCGCGUUCCCGCGCGCGUGUUUACCGGAGCGGCGUCGUUUCACCCCCGCCGAGUGUGCCGUCCGCCGGUGCCGCUGACUCCUCGUGAUACGAUCGAAUUAUUGGCGCGCCUCCAAGCUGCGACGUCGCUACCCGAGGAUACGAUUGCGCGUCGCGGUCGUUGGAGAUUUCGCGCGAAUCGAGUGAGCCGCGCAUGACCGACCGGAAGUCACUUGGGGAUAUACUGUGUAGGCUCGUGUCUCGUGUCGCACGUUACCUGUAGGGCCACGCUCGCACGCUGGUCGAUCGGUACCUACGCAGCACACGGCGAGAGUAGUGUACAAGUCGGUGGAAAAACGUGGCGACGACCGCCUAGUCUCGGAGUGCUCCAAGUUUCGGAGCGCGAGUUUCGGAGUUUCCGCUUCCCGCGCGUCUCGAGCCAAGUGGACGCGGUGCGAACGAUUCGAGUGCUGUCGACCGGCCGUAGGGCCGAGCGGUGUGUUUCGCGCCACGCGAAGGGCGGCAAAGUGCUAAAGGAACAGCGGCGUCGUUAGAUGCGAGGAUUUUAAAAGCAGCUUACCCGGAGGCCAGCCCGACGCAAUGCGUCGACGCUGCUGACGCAAACGCGCCUGGAUGCGUCUCACUUUUAGCACGUUACCACAGCUUGCCGUUUUAGCGAAGAUUUUGUGCCUCCUGAUGGUGGUGAUGUGCGGGGCGGUACCGGCGAUGGUGCGCUCCGUGAGUCUCUACUCGUCUUGCAGCAGCGGCAACGUUACCGUAAUAGGCCGCUCGAUCAAAGCCAUAGGACGCGAUGAUUACAAUGCACCCUACCAGAAGCUCACCACACAAUCGGAAGAUUUCAGUAAGAAGCUGUACAUCUUUGCGGAGAAGAGCCAACGAUACAUUUGCUUCAAUAAGCGGUGGAAACUCGUCGGCCUGUCGAAAAAACAGAGGGGACCGAUGUGCCAGUUUUACGAGGUGUACAACGGCUCCUAUCUGAGGUACAGGAGCGCCGUCAACGGGACGCGGUAUAUCGGCUUCAACAAGUUCGGCAAGCCGAUGAAGAAUCCCCACGGCAGGCAAGAGUGCUUCAACUUCAUCAAGUACAACCCUCACACGGACAUAAACCACCACAACAGUUUGGUGAACGCGGAGAUGGGCGGCAUAGAGCCGCACGUGCUCGUCUCGAGGAAACCGUCGUCGGUGAUGAGGGCCACGAAGAACUCCCUGUUGCGGGCCGACAGUGCGAGGCAGCACGUCCACACGUCGACGCAUCGCCAUCGGCACUCGAAUCGCUGGAUGCGGCAGGACGGCGCGGACUCGGGACCCCGGAGACGGCACGGGAGCCGCCUGCCCGAGGCCAGCAAGUAUUGAGCCGCGUGCGAGCUCGCCGAUCAAGACUGCCUCCUCCGUACCCCGUGAGAAACCCGAGAUCAGAACUGCCAAAAUACGCUGGUGGAUCGCACGGUCGGGAUGUCAGGGGCCCGCUUAACGGGGCGCCUAAUGUGUCGCGACUCGAAGCACCACGUAUUCGUUCGAUCGGUCGGCGAAUCAAGAGCGCGGGCGCGGCUCGCCCCGAGCACACACACACACACGCCUUAAGCUGCGCCCGUUUAGUUUCCGUUUCCGCCCGCCGGAGCGAAGCAACGUUCCAGGGCUCCGGGUGGAGAACGGGUGUCGUCGUCGAGAUUUAGCGUCCGGCUCGGCGGAGGACUUCCGCCGCGACGAGGCUAUCUCAAUUUCACGUGGUUAAGUUCGAUUUACACUUGCCCCGACUGACCCCUUCAGGCAAGUAUGUACCUCGUAACGUAUAAGAGCGUUUUCUUUCUGAUCGUUGAUUCCUCGUCGGUUUAAUUCGCGCGCGAUGAAUCGCUCGUUCUCUCUCUAUCUCUGCCUCUUUUUCAUUCACACUUUCUUU